AUGCCUGCAGGCAUGAAUAAACAUGGAUCUCGAUCUACUACCUCUUUGCCCCCGGAUCCCAUGGAAAUUGUCAGGAGCAAAGCUUGUUCCAGAAGGGUCAAGCUUAACGUGGGAGGCUUGGCACAUGAGGUUUUAUGGCGAACCUUGGACAGGUUACCACGGACAAGAUUGGGUAAACUCAGAGAUUGCAAUACUCACGAAUCCCUAAUGGAUAUAUGUGAUGACUAUAACUUGGAGGAGAACGAAUAUUUCUUUGAUAGGCACCCGGGGGCAUUUACUUCUAUCUUGAACUUUUACCGCACAGGCAAGUUGCACAUGAUGGAGGAAAUGUGCGCCUUGUCUUUCAGCCAAGAACUGGACUAUUGGGGAAUUGAUGAAAUUUAUCUAGAGUCUUGUUGCCAGGCAAGGUACCACCAGAAAAAGGAACAGAUGAAUGAGGAGCUCAAGAGAGAAGCAGAAACCAUGCGUGAAAGGGAGGGAGAGGAAUUUGAUAACACUUGCUGUGCAGAAAAGAGAAAAAAACUCUGGGACCUUUUGGAGAAGCCCAAUUCUUCUGUAGCAGCCAAGGUUUUGGCCAUUAUCUCCAUCAUGUUCAUUGAUGCUCUCUACAAUUGCCUUGUCCUCUAAAACACUCUUCCUGAGCUUCAGGACACAGAUGAGUACGGAAAUCCUUCAGAUAACCCGCAGCUAGCCCACGUAGAGGCGGUGUGCAUCGCAUGGUUUACAAGAUAUGUUUUGCGUUUCCUCUCUUCUAAGAAAUGGAAAUUUUUCAAAGGACCCCUGAACGCCAUUGACUUGUUAGCAAUCUUGCCCUAUUAUGUCACCAUCUUCCUCACAGAAUCCAACAAAAGUGUACUUCAGUUCCAAAAUGUCCGGAGGGUAGUCCAGAUAUUUCGUAUCAUGGAGUACUCCGUAUUUCUAAAAUUGGCCAGGCAUUCAACUGGUUUGCAAUCUCUGGGAUUUACAUUGAGGAGAAGCUACAAUGAACUUGGAUUACUUAUUUUGUUUUUGGCCAUGGGCAGUAUGAUCUUUUCAAGCUUAGUGUUUUUUGGAAAAGAUGAGGAGGAUACAAAAUUCAAGAGCAUACCAGCCUCCUUCUGGUGGGCCACAAUAACUAUGACAACUGUUGGUUACGGAGACAUCUAUCCUAAGACCCUUUUAGGUAAGAUUGUUGGUGGGUUAUGCUGUAUUGCUGGAGUCUUAGUGAUUGCCCUUCCAAUCCCAAUCAUUGUAAAUAACUUUUCAGAGUUCUACAAAGAACAGAAGAGGCAGGAAAAAGCCAUUAAGCGUAGGGAAGCCCUUGAAAGAGCCAAAAGGAAUGGAAGCAUUGUGUCCAUGAAUUUGAAGGAUGCUUCACGUAGCAUAGAAUUGAUGGACAUCGUUGUUGAAAAGAAGGGAGAAAAUGCAGGCAAAAAGGAUAAAGUUCAGGACAAUCAUUUAUCCCCAAGCAAAUGGAAAUGGCCCAAAAGAUCAAUCUCUGAAACUAGCUCCAAUAAAUCUUUGGAGACAAAGGAACAAGGUUCACCUGAAAAAGCUAGGUCUUCCUCCAGUCCUCAGCAUCUGAACGUCCAGCAACUGGAAGACAUGUACAACAAAAUGAGUAAAGCUCAGUCACAGCCAAAUCUCAAUUUAAAGGAGACAGCUCAACCCAGUAAGCAAAAAGAAGAACUAGAAAUGGAGGCCAUUCCUGGCCCAAUGGUCCCUUUGUUGACUACUCGGGCAGAUGGAAUAAUUGAUAUGAGAAGCAUGUCGAGCAUUGACAGUUACAUAAGCUGCAUGACUGAAUUUCCCGAAGCUGGGAGAUAUUCUCAUAGCCCUCUCACUACACUGACCAGCAAAGGUGGGAAACUUCCCCUUCAGGACCCAUAUAGACUGGAAGGAAGUGGGUCCAAAUUCAUGGAAAUAAAACCAAAUCUGGAAAGUCGCCAUUGCUCUACCUUUUUCAUAGAGAGCCCAAAAGCAAUAAAACUCAUCAACCCUCUAAAACUGAGAUCUCUAAAGGUUAAUUUUAUGGAAGAGGAUGCUGUAGGGUCAGCAGCUUCAAAUGUCCUAAGAAUAUACCCAGAUCCCAUCAAGAACAGGGGAGCUACAGGGGCUGCCACAGAUAGUUCUGGAUAUUCUGAUCGGUCUCUGAUGAGUCCAGAAACUUCUGUCUAUACGACUGCAAGUGCUAGAACCCCUACAAAGUCACCCGAGAAGCAGGCACCGAUUGUUCUGAACUUCCAUGAUGCUGGCAUUCAUAAAUUUAUCGAUGCUGACACAGAUGAUGAAGGCCAGUUGCUCUAUGACUCAAGUCCUCCAAAAACCUCUUCAGGCCAUACUAGCCCCAAAUACAGCAUUUCUCAGAGAGGCUAUAUAAGGCAACGAGAUAAUGUUUGUAAAACAGAGAGCCGCUUAGCAACUGCUGCUUUGUCCUCUACACACAAGCUUUUAGGGCAAAAUUGCCUUUAUUCCAUGGAAAUAUCACUGGAAGAAACCCAUGGUAACCAGGAAACUAUCAAAUUAGAUAAUCAUAUUUCACCUGAGGUUCACAUAUUACCAGGUGGUGGUGGAGGAGGAAGAGGACUAGUAACAAACAUGAUCAAAAUAUCUGAUCAGGGCUGCAGAAUGUUGACUAACAACUGA